AUGAGCUUUUUUAAAAAGCCCUCGUGGGCGAUCAAGAAUACGGGGGAAACUGGCACUGAUUUUUAUCGACGCUCGGAACAGACGUACUCUGAUAUCAUUGCUGCGAACCGUGAAGCGCACCAGAAGCAGCCAAAAGCGCAGGGAAUCCCAGAAGAUACCGAAGAUACUGAAGACGCAAAAGACGCAAAAGAUACAAAAGACACAAAACGAAAGAAGCGGCCUCGGCUUUCUGACGAGAAGGGUAAAGGGCGCGAUGAUAGCAGUCCAGUGCGAGAUGUAACACCCGAGGUUGAUAGCGUUACUAUUGCGCUACCAGAGCCACAGGAUCCCUCUGGUUCCUCUCAUAAUUUCUCGCCCGAGUCGGUUAAGUCAGCCAAACAACGCGAGACAACCCAAAUACGCAGCCCAGAAAACCGCGUGCCCCAGUCACCACAGAAAGCCAGUGGUCGGGAACCUAUAGCUGCGCUGCCUGUCCGGCCAGUGAUUGUUCUGGAGGAUGACUCGGAAAUUCAAAGCCCUCGGCCUAUUCCGCCUCCACAGCCUGUUCAACCGCCCGAAGUUCCAGUAGAUGACCCUGUUGUCCAAAUUCUCAUCUCUUCUGAAAUUUCAAACACCAAACCAUUACUCGUCCAUCGAAAAAUGUCACAGCGGCUAAGGGAUGUGCGGUUGGCAUGGUGCGAUCGCCAAAAUUUCGACCCGCAUAUACAAUCAUCAAUCUACCUUACCUGGAAGGGCCGACGUCUAUUCGACGUAACAACUUGCAGGAGCCUAGGCAUAAACACUGGCAAGAAUUCUGGGGGCUUCCUUGGCAUUGAUGAUGACUCUGCAGACCAAAAAGAGCUGCGCGUACACAUGGUAGCCGUUUCCGAUUUACCUCUUCCGGUCAAUCAACCAAUUACCUCGCCUGACAAUGACAAGCCCCCUACUGAGUCGCGGUCUCCAGAAGUUGACCAGGGUGAGCCAAUAAAACUUACUCUGAGGAGUCCUGGACACGACGAUUUCAGAAUCAAAGCAAGACAGAAAACCCUAGUCUCGCGACUCAUAUCGGCUUUCCGGGAUAAACAAAAGAUUCCUGUGGAUAAAGAUAUCUUUAUCAUAUUCGAUGGGGACAAACUCGACCCCGAUUCAUGUCUAGCCGACAAUGACAUUGACGAUCUAGAUCUGCUGGAUGUCCAGAUCAAAUAA